AUGAAGAGGAAGAAUUUAUCUGUUGUGAAUAAAGUUGUCCAGUCUUCACCAGCAGUGAAACAGCCUAAACUUGGGUUCUACUCUUCUCUCAACCAGACUCAUACAUACACUGUCCUUCUAGACUGGGGGAGUUUGCCUCACUAUGUAGUGUUACGCAUUUUUCAGUAUCUUCCUUUAAUGGAUCGGGCCCGGGCAUCUUCUGUAUGUAGGAGAUGGAAUGAAGUUUUUCAUAUUCCUGACCUUUGGAGAAUGUUUGAGUUUGAACUGAACAAGUCAGCUACUUCAUAUUUUAACUCCACUCAUCCUGAUCUCAUUCAACAGAUCAUUAAAAAACAUGCUGCCCAUCUCCAGUAUGUCAGCUUUAAGGUUGAUAGUAGUACUGAAUCAGCAGAAGCUGCCUGUGAUAUACUUUCUCAGCUGGUAAAUUGUUCUAUCCAGACUUUGGGCUUGAUUUCAACGGCCAAGCCAAGUUUUAUGAAUGUGUCAAAGUCUCAUUUUGUGUCAGCACUUACAGUUGUUUUUGUCAACUCAAAAUCAUUAUCAUCAAUCAAAAUUGAAGACACACCAGUGGAUGAUCCUUCUUUGAAGAUUCUUGUGGCCAAUAAUAGUGAUACUCUAAGACGCCUCAAAAUGAGUAGCUGUCCUCAUGUUUCAUCUGAUGGAAUCCUUUGUGUAGCUGACCAUUGUCAAGGUCUUAGAGAACUGGCAUUAAAUUAUUACAUGCUAAGUGAUGAACUUCUCCUGGCACUUUCAAGUGAGACCCAUGUUAACCUUGAGCAUCUUCGAAUAGAUGUUGUGAGUGAAAAUCCUGGACAAAUCAAAUUUCUUUCUAUUAAAAAACAAAGUUGGGAUGUACUCAUUAAACACUCCCCUGGAGUUAAUGUUGUUAUGUACUUCUUUUUAUAUGAAGAGGAAUUGGAGACGUUCUUCAAAGAAGAAACCCCUGUUACUCACCUUUAUUUUGGUCGUUGCAUAAGCAAAGCAAUUCUAGGACGGAUAGGUCUUAACUGUCCACGACUAAUAGAGUUAGUAGUAUGUGCUAAUGGUCUUCAGGCUCUUGAUGAUGAACUUAUUUGUAUUGCUGAACACUGUAAAAACUUAACAGCCUUGGGCCUCAGUGAAUGUGAAGUUAGCUGCAGUGCAUUCAUUGAGUUUGUAAGACUAUGUGGGAGAAGGCUAACCCAGCUCUCUAUCAUGGAGGAAGUUUUGAUCCCUGAUGAUGAUUAUAGCCUAGAUGAAAUUCAUGCUGAAGUCUCCAAAUACCUGGGAAGAGUAUGGUUCCCUGAUGUCAUGCCUCUCUGGUAA